AUGGCCAAAAAGCACAUACGUUUGGGAACACUUCUUUUCGUGGUUCUAGGGGCAGUCCUAUGGGUCAUUAAGACUCGUCAACUAUCGAUUUUGGCAACAACACCGCCGGUAUUUGUGCCAGUUGAGAAAUAUGUAGUUGAAACAACGGAGACAGAUGGUCGGAAAACAUUCAUCAAGGUAACCACCACCGAUCACGCCAACGGUUGCCAGAAGAAUGUUAUAACGAGCACGAGGGCAAAGACUCAGAUCGAAGACUCGCUUCUUGUCGUGGCACUGAUUGCGAAUGUCAAGUCAUUUGGAGCGCACAGAUCAUUCAAGGACUUCAUCGAUGUCAUCGGGACCUUGGAGUACGAUAAGACUAAGAUCAAUUUGGCGUUUUUCUGUGGAACAGAUGAACUCUUUGCUGAGGUUGAUGCUUUCAUGGAGAACUAUUAUACGUUGCAAGCUGCAGAACAGUACGGGAAGGUCACCAUACUCAAGGCCGAGUUUCUUCACUCCACCUUUUCAUCUUCUGACCACGACCAUAAGAUUCAGAGGCAAAGAAGAAGGCUCAUAGCUCGGGCAAGAAAUUAUGCGUUGCUCAAUUCCCUUGAUUCUGAGCAGUAUACAUUGUUCAUGGAUGCUGAUGUGAUUCUGCUCGAUCACCCAGAUAUGUUGAAGCGCUUCUUAGCCACAGGUAAGGAUAUCAUAGUUCCUCGAAUCGUAAGAGGAGGUAAUGUUGACUACGACAAGAAUUCGUGGAGAGGAAAACGGAGACGCCCAACCACCAAGCAGGAGCAGCUUAUGGAUGAAAACAGAUGGGAUGAAUUAAAGUAUGUGCCUCGUGAUAAGAAGGGUGAGAUGUUUCAUUUUGAAGAUCUUGUGAAGGAGCAAAAGAAGGGCACAGCUGAAGGGGCCAAAGUGAGUCUUGAUUAUAUUGUGCCUCUUGACUCUGUGGGAGGCGCUAUUCUCUUCGCUAAGUCGAUCAUUUACAAACAGGGCGUCGUCUUUCCACCAUACUAUAUCAUUGGCACGAAUUGGGAACGUUACGAAGGCUGGGAUGGAAUUGAAACCGAAGGUCUAUGUUAUAUUGCCAGAAAUUUGGGUUAUCUGUGCUGGGGAAUGCCUAAUUUAGUAGCUCAGCACUCCGAUAAUGACUGGAUAGUGCUGACAUUGGGAAUGAACUAG